AUGAGCGUGAUCACCAGGACAGAUGUCCAGCCCAUUCUCUUGAAUCCUCGCCCUCUCGCUCGCUGCUCUGGCAGCUUUCUUCUACUGCCGCUCCUUCCAUCCAGAGCUCCUGCGAAGCAUGUCCCACCAGAGCUGUGGGCGAAGAUAUUGGCGUUUGUGUUCGAACAGUACAACGGGCAUUACAAAUGGAGUACGGAGCGAGAUAAGUUGAAGCGCGGUCUGUUGCUCGUAUGCAAGGAAUUAACGGCUGUUGCUCUGCCGCUGUACUAUGCGCAUGUUCGCAUCAGCACUUUGUCGAGCCUGGAGAAGUUCACAGCGCAUCUCCAAUCCGCAGAUCAAAUGUGGGACUCCAUUCGUCGGAUACCUUACUCCACUCCGGGACGCUGGGUGCAAGAGCUCGACUUGCACCAGCUGAAGACAAUCCUGACUUCUGAAAGCUAUCAUGUCGAUGCUCUACUCACGCAGCUGUUUCCACUUGUCCCCCUCCUCGCGCAUCUCACGUUGAAUCCCACGAUACAUCUCAGUCGCCGUGUCAUAACCGCUCUAUCGGAUCGCGAAGGAAUAGCGCACCUACGCAUCUUGAAAGGCAUUAAGGUCCACAUCUCCUUGCGCACACGAGAGGAUACCUUCGUCACCUUCCUUCGUUCCUGCAAUAGUUUGGAAGAACUGGAGAUCUCUGGACAGGAUACUGACUUAGCUGAGUUAGACUCUUUGGAUGAGUCUGACGCCCUCAGCCUGUUCAAGCCUCUUGAACUUUCUCGCCUCCGCAGGCUUGUCCUACUCUCCAUGCCGCACUCUCCGGUCAUGUUUGCGCUACUCCAUUCCCCCCUCCCCUCUCUUCACCAUCUCGUGAUCACGCCAUACGCAGAUACACUCGUCUCCAACUCCCUUGUCCCCCAAUUCAUUGAAGCGCAUGGUCAAACAUUGACUUCUCUUCACCUGUACACUCCGCAGACGUGGCCAUCCGUCUUCUCACCCUCUCCUUCUACUCUGCUGGACACGUGUCCUCGUCUAUACCAUCUCUCACUUGAAAAACCCCUUCCUGCUCUCACGCUGUCAUCGUCUUCUCACCCCCUUCAGAUUCUCUCGGUACCCCGUCCGCGACAAGAAUUUUACCCCGUGCUAGAGUCGUUGCUCCCCAAGCUUCCCCAUUUAAAAUCGAUACGAGCCCGUGACGUACGCUGGCUGAGGUCAGGGUUGUCGUCGCGCGCUGUGGAAGCAGGUGUGCAAGGAGAGAUGAUGGAGUGGCGACGGAGGCUGGUCCGCAGAGGAAUACAGAUGCUGGACUCGGAGUGUAGGGAUGGCGCAGACUGA